AUGUCUUUUUCUUCUCCGGAUCCAUUCGGUGAGUGUCCCGGAUACUAUCUUCCGGAUUUUGAUCCCUUCAAAAAAUGCAGAAAUAUUUCGCAUUUCUGUGAACAUGCAAAAGAUGUGUACGACAUCGAGAUGCUCCUAAGAUGGGCGAUUUUCGUAAUUCCAUGCUGUUUAUGCUUUUUUGCUUUACUUUUGAAUAUUUAUAUAUUUUGGGUACUGAUUCCAAGUUUAAGGAAAAUGAAUGACAGAGCCAAAAAGAAAUAUGUGUUCAUUUUGAGUCGUGCAAUAUCUUCUACAAUGUCUACUAUUUCUAUAUUCCUACUUCCAACAAUGAUCUUCUUAACACAUUUUAAUUUUUGGGUUAUUGCUUUUUUCAUCAUUUUUGAAAUGCUCAGUUUUUUAUCGUUUUUGGGCGGAAUAGCUGGAACAACGCUUACAAUUUAUGUAGCCGUCGUCCAUCCAGUUUACUAUCAACGGGAAAUGUCUCUUCGAAAAUGUGUCACGAUACUUCUCGUUUUUUGGAGUUGUGCGGUUAUUGUGGCAACGAUCGAAGGUGUUAUUUCGGAGGGUCAACUGGGUAGAAUUUCUGCCGAAAAUUCGGGGUACAACUCAUUUCAUUCAGGGGUACAACGCUUGUUAUUCGGGGAGCUUGAAAAUCUCAGAAUUCUUAGAAUUUCAGAACUUCGAAAUUUCAGUAUUUCGGAAUCUGAGAAUUUCGGAACUUCAGAGUCUGAGAAUUUCAGAAUUAUUUCGGAAUCUGAGAAUUUCGGAACUUCAGAGUCUGAGAAUUUCAGAAUGUUAGAAUUUCAGAACUUCGAAAUUUCAGUAUUUCGGAAUCUGAGAAUUUCGGAACUUCAGAGUCUGAGAAUUUCAGAAUUUGACAAAUUUUUUAUAUCUUUCACAGGAAUCGAGAUAUAUGAGCUCAAAGCUGCGAGUGUGAGGGGGCGUUUUAUUAGAGCGUUUACGGUUGGAUGUGGUAUCGUUGAAGCCGCAUUCGUCGGAAAAUAUACUCCGUUCUUGUGUGACUACUCGAGUUGUGCCGAACCUCUCAUCAUUUUUCUAGUUGUUUGUAUUUCAAUUGCAUUCAUAUUGUGCCUCGGAACACAAUUUUUCGUAAUUUUUUCGUUAUGGAGACAUGAAAGAAAAUCAAAGAAACGAGGUGAUUAUUCUAGUCAUCAGAAGGCGAUGACUGGCGUGAAAAAGAAAUUGUUCGGAGGAUUUUUUGUUUUUGGGACCAUGGCGAUUUUUGAAAUUGCAUCUGCAAUUAUGCUGGUGAAUAGUGUUGGGUCGCAGGAUCAAGAUUCUGAUGCAUGCGACAUGCUAGAAUCCAGUGGAUCUCGUCUACAAUUUGUUAUAUCAUGCGUUAUUUUGACACUUUUAUGGACGAUUGGUCUUUUCUUCGAUCCAAUUUUUACAUUAACAUUUGAUCCGUUAUUUUCAGAAACAGUUACUCGUCAUUACUCAAUAAUGAAGUCAAGAAUUUCUCGAAGGCAACGGAAAGAAGAAAAAACGGUUAUCAGUGAUUCAUAA